AUGGGAGAUGCGACAGAAGACGAUCGACGAAGUAGGAAGUCUUCGCAGUCUGAAGUGGUUAUAGUGAGCGACGUAGUAGUUCCAGAUUCUAGACGUCGUAGUUCAAGUCUACAGAGAGCAAGAUCAAAUAGUGCAUAUUCAGCAGAUUUAGAAACAGCAAUUACCAAAACAGGAUGCGGGAAGUUCAACAUUGCCUUGCUUUUGCUCUCAUUUCCUGCAUCAUGUACCAGUGGCUUCGAUUCGGGUUCAAUCUCUUUUGUGAUACCAGCAGCAUCAGUGGACUUAGGCCUCACGCCAUCUGAAAGGGCACUUUUACAAUCAUCAUGCUAUGCCGGUAUGAUAAUGUCAGGACUCGUAUGGGGCUUCUUGUCAGAUGCUUUCGGCAGGAAGAAACUCCUGGUCAUCGGGUUUCUCUUGGACGCCCUCAUGAAUAUCUUGGCGGGGGCAUUUCCCAUCCUUCCACUGAUGAUGCUCUUCAAGUUCCUUGCUGGUUUCAUGAUUUGUGGUCCAUUUCCGAUCUUCACUGCCUACGUAUCAGAAGUAUAUCCGAAGAAGGGAAGAGAUAUAGCAGUUUUAUCAAUGGGAUUAUACUCUGCCAUUGGACAAAUAUUGCAAGCAGGUAUGGCAAUGUGGAUAAUUCCAAUUCAAGUUCCCAGUGAGAUACCAUUCACAUCCUGGCAGCUCUUCCAGAUGGCUUGCUGCCUACCUGCUCUUAUCAGUGGUAUCGGAUGUAUCUUUUUCGUUGAAUCUCCAAAAUUUUUGGCUGACAAAGGAAAUCACGAAGGCGCCCUCAAAGUAUGCCAGACUAUAUAUUCUAUCAACACUGGUAACCUAUCGACUACUUAUCCAAUAAAAAGGCUGAAACAUACAGGGAGGAAGAUUGAAGAAAAAUCUAAUUUCGCAAAGUUCUUAGAUGGAAUGGACAUAUUUAGACCUCCAUUUAUUCAGAAGGCAGCGAUAAUAUUUGUUAUCCAUUUAGGAGCAGUUGGCUCACACAAUAUUUUCCGACUAUGGCUGCCAGAAAUUUUUACACUGGUUGGUUCAUCAACAUUGGAUCCAGAAGAAGGAAUAUGUCCUCUCCUCUACGAGGGUAACUUGUGGAGAAGCAACUUAACAUCAGCAGAUUUGAAAAGUGAAGAAGUUUUUUCAAAAAUGGUGCUGGUGAAUAUUGGAUGCCUUAUAGCGCAAAUAAUUUUUUUGUUCAUCGUGAGUUACAUAGGAAAGAAAAUAAUACAACUGAACUGUACCUUGGUGGCUGCAAUCUGCUCGUUCAUAAUACCAUUUAUUAAUGCUGAUUAUGUGAUCAUCUUAGCCUCCAUUUUUAUUUCACUGUUUAAUAUUAGCAUCUUUUGCAACAUAAACAUAGUAGUAGAAAUAUUUCCGACAAGAAUCAGAGCAACUAGUGUUAGUGUUUUAAUGCUUAUUUCAAGAAUAGGUAUGUUAUCUUUGAACUUCCUAAUGGCAAAUGUCAUCUACAAUUAUUGUGACUACUUAUUUUACGGGCUGUCAUUGUCUUCAUUAGUAAUGGCACUGCUAAUACUUCUGAUACCACGGAAGCCGAUAGAUGAUAAUUUUUCAAACUCUUCAACAAAAGGAAACUAA